AUGGGGAUCGAGGCCAAGCACCAGGAGCUGCGUGAUCGGCAGGCUCGAGACCGGUACCCCUCUCCCGACGUGGAGGACGAUGAUGCGGAUCCCAACUACGCCCGAAUAUACGCCUUUAGGGAGCCAGGAUCACCCCCGCUGGGCCCUCGCACUCACACGGACAGUGCCCCCAGACCCCCCCUGAGCCCCCCCAUGGUGCCAGGCCUGGGCCCCAGCCACAGCAGGGAGGCCUCAGGGGAGGACGCGCUGGACGGCCUCUACGCCAGGGUCAACAAGCAGAGAGGACCACCGGGACCCUCCCUAUCACCCCCCUCUACAUCUCCAGACAGCAGUAUGGACCGUAUCCAGCAGCUGAGGCGUGAGUACCACCAGGCCCAGAGGGAGGGGGCGGCCCCGGCCUACGACGACCUGGACCCCCGACGCAGGGGCCCCGAAUACGACCCCCAUCGCAUGCCUGUCAGAGGUCCUGAGCAGCGCUUGGCCCCUCGCUACGAAGAUGUAGAACGACAGUACGCCUCCUUACCCAGGCGUGGGCCAAUGGAUCCAGGGGAGUACCCCAUGCAGCCUUGGGGUGGAGGAGGUGGGGGCUCCCCCCAUCGGGACCCCGGCCACUACCCCAGCCCCCCCCAACAAGCAUCCCCCAACCACCACCCCCACCCCCACCCCCAACCUCACCCUCACCCUCACCCCCACUCCGUCUCCCAUCCACACCCCCAUCCAGGCUACGCCCUGCGUGAUGGCUACCCUACCCAGGGAGUAGGUGACCCUCGCCAGGCCGACCCUGGCUACUACUCCCCUCCUCCGCCCCCAGUGCAGCCGAGAGGUCCCUUGAGACAGGACGUGCCUCCCUCCCCUCCGGUGCCCGUGCGCGCCCCCAGAUACGACACCCUGAACCGGGGCCCGCCGGGCGCUGGAGGCCCUGGUGGUCCUGGAGCUCCUGCUGGUGGUGUUGGGGGUCCGGGGGGCUAUCGGCAGGCCAGCCCCGAGCGCUACGCCUACGGAGACCCGCGCCACAAGAACGCCAUGACUGCGGCCGUGUGAGGCGGAGCAACACGCGACAAACCAAACUCGAUCACAAUGACAACGAUGAAAGUGAUGUUGAUGUUGAUGUUGAUGUUGAUGAUGAUGAUGAUGAUGAUGCUACUUCUGCUAGUGUGUGUGUGUGUGUGCGUGUGUGUGUGUGCGUGUGUGUGUCUGUGUGUGUGUGUGUGUGUGUGUGUGUG